CACAUAUUGGCGCCAUUUUGGAGCUAGGAGGGGGAAGAGAGCUGCAGAGGAGGACACGAUUGAUCGCAAUUCACCGUAACAGGCAGUGAAGAGCUAAAGAGGAUGGCUCACUCUAAAGCUCGAGCCGUGGACGGGAAGGUGACCUACCCCCCGGGGGUCAAAGAGAUAUCUGACAAAAUCUCCAAAGAGGAAAUGGUCCGCAGACUGAAGAUGGUCGUGAAGACCUUCAUGGACAUGGACCAGGACUCUGAGGAGGAGAAGGAGCUGUACCUGAACCUAGCCCUCCACCUGGCUUCAGACUUCUUCCUCAAGCAUCCAGACAAGGACGUGCGUCUGCUGGUGGCCUGCUGUCUAGCAGAUAUAUUCAGGAUUUAUGCCCCAGAGGCGCCGUACACCUUCCCAGAAAAACUCAAGGACAUUUUCAUGUUCAUCACCAGACAGCUCAAAGGACUGGAGGACACGAAAAGCGCCCAGUUCAACAGAUACUUCUACCUGCUUGAGAACAUAGCAUGGGUGAAGUCCUACAAUAUUUGCUUUGAGCUGGAAGACAGCAAUGAGAUAUUCACCCAGCUUUACAGAACACUCUUCCAGGUCAUCAACAACGGGCACAACCAGAAGGUGCACAUGCAUAUGGUUGACCUAAUGAGCUCCAUCAUCUGCGAGGGAGACACUGUGUCGCAGGAGCUGUUGGAUACGGUGUUGGUCAACCUGGUGCCGGCACACAAGAAUUUGAAUAAACAAGCGUAUGACCUGGCCAAGGCUCUGCUGAAGAGGACUGCUCAGGCUAUUGAACCUUACAUCACCAAUUUUUUCAACCAGGUGCUGAUGCUGGGAAAGACGUCCGUCAGUGAUCUGUCGGAGCACGUUUUUGACCUGAUCUUGGAGCUUUACAACAUCGACAGCCACCUGCUGCUCUCUGUGCUGCCACAGCUGGAGUUUAAACUCAAGAGUAACGAUAAUGACGAGAGGCUGCAGGUGGUGAAGCUGCUGGCUAAGAUGUUUGGAGCCAAGGACUCGGAGUUGGCUGCACAGAACAAACCACUCUGGCAGUGUUACCUGGGCAGGUUUAAUGACAUCCACGUGCCUAUCAGACUAGAGUGCGUCAAGUUUGCCAGUCACUGUCUUAUGAAUCACCCAGACCUGGCCAAAGACCUCACAGAAUUCUUAAGGGUCAGGUCACAUGACCCGGAGGAGGCCAUCCGCCAUGAUGUCAUCGUCUCUAUAGUAACCGCCGCCAAGAAAGACUUGUCCCUCGUCAACGACGCGCUGCUCAACUUUGUGAAGGAACGAACGUUGGACAAAAGAUGGCGUGUGCGCAAGGAAGCUAUGAUGGGCCUCGCAUCAAUCUACAGGAAGUACUCGCUGCAGGGAGAAGGAGGGAGAGAGGCCUCUAAACAGAUUUCCUGGAUCAAAGACAAGCUGCUCCACAUCUACUACCAGAACAGCAUCGAUGACAGGUUGCUGGUAGAGCGCGUCUUUGCUCAGUACAUGGUUCCUCACAACCUGGAGACCUCCGAGAGGAUGAAGUGUCUUUAUUACCUCUACGCCACCCUGGACACAAAUGCUGUCAAAGCUCUGAAUGAGAUGUGGAAGUGCCAGAAUCUGCUGAGAAACCAUGUCAAAGAUCUGUUGGACUUGGUCAAAAAACCUAAGUCGGAAGCUUCCAGCAAAGCUGUGUUUGCCAAAGUCAUGGUGAUCACAAGGAAUCUUCCAGACCCGGGAAAGGCUCAGGACUUUGUGAAGAAGCUGGCUCAGGUCCUGGACGAUGAUGAGAGAAUCAGAGAUCAGUUGGAAACUUUAGUCAGUCCCGCCUGCUCCUGCAAGCAAGCUGAAGUUUGUGUGAGAGACAUCACCAAAAAGCUUGGCAGUCCCAAACAGCCAAGCAAUCCGUUCCUGGAAAUGGUCAAGUUCCUCCUGGAGAGAAUUGCUCCCGUACACAUCGACACAGAGUCCAUCAGCGCGCUGAUAAAACAAGUAAACAAAUCUAUAGAGGGAACGGCUGACGAUGAGGAAGAGGGCGUUCCCACAGAAGAGGCCAUCAGAGCGGGACUGGAACUACUGAAGGUGCUGUCGUUCACACAUCCCGUGUCGUUCCACUCGGCGGAGACGUUCGAGUCUCUGCUGGGAUGUCUGAAAAUGGACGACGAGAAGGUGGCCGAGGCCGCGCUGCAGAUCUUCAAGAACACGGGCAGCAAGAUGGAAGAGAGUUUCCCUCACAUUAAAUCUGUUUUACUACCGGUACUGCAGGCCAAAGCCAAGAGAGGCCCCCCUCGCCAGGCUAAGUAUGCAAUCCACUGUAUCAAUGCCAUGUUCACCAACAGAGACACACACUUCGCCCAAAUCUUUGAGCCUCUGCACAAAGGUCUGGACACGGCGAACCUGGAGCAGCUCAUCACUCCUCUGACGACGCUCGGCCACCUGGCCCAGCUCGCCCCGGAACAGUUUGCGGCACCGCUCAAAUCGCUCGUUGCCAACUUCAUCGUGAAGGAUCUGCUCAUGAAUGACCGGAUUCCGGGCAAAAAGACAACCAAACUCUGGGUUUCUGAUGAGGAAGUGUCCCCGGAGACUCUGGCUAAGAUCCAGGGCAUAAAGCUGAUGGUGAGGUGGUUGCUGGGCGUUAAGAACAAUCAGAGCAAGUCGGGCAACUCCACCCUGAGGAUGCUGACGGCUAUUCUACACAGUGACGGAGAUCUAACAGAGCAGGGACGGAUGGGUAAACCAGACAUGUCUCGGCUGCGGCUGGCGGCGGCAUGCGCCCUCCUGAAGUUGGCACAGGAGCCGUGCUAUCAUGAAAUCAUCACACUGGAGCAAUAUCAGCUGUGUGCUCUUGUCAUUAAUGACGAGUGCUACCAGGUGCGGCAGUGUUUUUCCCAGAAGCUCCACCGCGGCUUGUGUCGCCUCCGUCUGCCUCUGGAAUACAUGGCGGUGUUCGCUCUGUGCGCCAAGGACCCCGUUAAGGAGCGGAGGGCUCACGCUCGCCAGUGCCUGGUGAAAAACGUGAACAUACGCAGAGAGUACCUCAAACAGCACGCGGCCAUCAGUGAUAAGCUGUUCUCUCUGCUGCCCGAGUAUGUGGUUCCUUACACGAUCCACCUCCUGGCACAUGACCCAGACUACAUCAAAGUGCAAGACAUCGAACAGCUAAAAGAAAUCAAAGAGGCUCUGUGGUUUGUUCUCGAGAUCAUCAUGGCCAAGAACGAGAACAACAGCCACGCCUUCAUCAGGAAAAUGGUGGAAAACAUCAAACAGACGAAGGACGCCCAGGCCCCCACUGAUGUCAAAACGAACGAGAAGCUCUACACGGUGUGUGAUGUCGCCAUGAACAUUAUCAUGUCAAAGAGCACCACCUACAGCCUGGAGUCCCCAAAAGAUCCCGUGCUGCCUUCGAGCUUCUUCACCAAACCAGACAAGAAUUUCAGCAACACAAAAAAUUAUCUACCGCCAGAGAUGAAGUCGUUCUUCACACCAGGGAAGCCCAAGUCGGCCAACGUUCUGGGCGCAGUGAACAAGCCGCUGUCGUCGGCGGGGAAGCAGCUCCAGAGCAAAUCUUCUCGGAUGGAGACGACCAGCAACGAUGACCCCUCGUCGAACCCAAGUUCCCCACAACGCAGCAAGAUUAGGCACGACAGCAAAGAAAUGGAUCACAGUGAAAACGAGGACUUCAGCCUAAAGAGAGCCGACAGCACUGACAAGGAUAUUGAAAAGCCCCGCGGUCGCAAACGGGGCGUGGCCUCGUCUGACGACCAGGACAGCAAACCAAAGCGCGGGCGCAAAAAGGCGGUGGCCAACACGACUGCGACAGCGGGCGAGGCCGAGGACCAGUGGGACGAAGACAACCGGCCGGAGGACGAGCAGAACAGCCCGCCGAAAAAACGCAGAGGCCGGCCCCCAAAAUCCGCCGCCAGUCAGGACACACCCGCCAAGGGGAAGAGGGGGCGGAAGAAAGCGGCUCCUCCGCCAGAAAACGACGAGGAGGAAGAGGAGGAGGAUGAGGAAGAGGACAGGGUCGAGGAGGAAGCAACGGCGGAGGAGGAGGAGGAAGAGGACGACAGGAGCAGUGAGAAUCUGGAGGUGAAGACCAAAGGAGGAAGACAAACGAGGACACCGCGGCGGUCACAAGGCACGGAGUCGACAGAGUCCACACCACAGAAGAGAAGAGGACGUCCGCCCAAAUCAGCUCAGCCGCCUGCCAAGAAACCAGCGCGUGGCGGGAGAUCGAAGGCAGCUGCUGCUGCUAAAGAAGACUCUGAAGAAGAGGAUGAAGAAGAGGAGGAGGAGGAGGAGCAGGAAGACGAGCCAACACCGAAGGGUCGCAAGAAGGCAGCGGGGCGAAGAAGAUGAGUAAAGAAAAGAGAGAAAAGAAAUGACACCAUCUACUCUAAAGUCGUAGAGGAACGAUGUAGGAAAGAAAAUAUGGACUUUGAACUUUUUAAACUUUUCAUACGCAGAUGCUCCCUACUGUUACACACACACACACACACACACCUGCCACACUGCAUCAGUACAUCUGUAUCAUCCGCGGCGGGUUUGUUGCCUGGUGACGAUGUUUCCGCCCACAUUUACGUAGAAAGAGAUCAUUUUAACGACAAAAAAAGAUCACUCUUGUAAAUAGUCUCGUGUCUGUUCCAUGUUCUGUUGUUGUGUUUUGACGCUGACUGGGAGGACACCGUGAAGCCCUUUACCCACUGAUAUCAUUAUUCUAAUUAUUAUUAUUAUUAGUCUGAUGAAAGUGCUCCCGCAGAUCAAUCUUCACCCACUUUUAAAACCCGAGAAACGACCGAUUAACCCGCAUCUUUUUGUGUGACGUUCAACUAUGCCAUACUUCAAAAAGACGACAACAUGCAUUUUUUUGUUCACAGCUCUGUAUAUUAAAUAGUUUUUUUUUUUGUUUUUUUACUGUGCAUUGAAAAGCUGAAGAGUAAAAAAAAAAAAACCCUGUCCAAACAUAGAGUUGUCUCCGGAGACGAUGACGGUAGUGUGUGUGUGUGUGUAUGUGUGCGCGUGUCUCAUUUUAGCGAUAGACACGAGUCAUGAGCAGCUGUGGUCGUAGUGUUUGUCACUGCUAAUUAACUCGGCUUCACGUCCUCCCAGUCAGAUCCUCUGUUGUAUCAAUAUAAUUCUCUAUAAAACCUGA